AUAACACUUCCCGGAAGCGGAAGUAGCGCGAAUGUGUCCGGUUUGUUUUCACUAACGGGUGAGAGACACGUCGUGUUUUAAAUCGAUUUUAUAUCGGCGGAUUUAUUUCAGGAGCGGACAGAGAGAGUGCUUGAGUUUCAGCUAUCUGGAAUAGUUUGAGUUGGGCGGUUUGUUUUGUUAGCUUUGUGUGUUAGCCUGUGGGCUGUAAACAUGGCGCUGGCGGCUCUGUUCCUGCUCAUGGCGUCUCCUCUCAUCUCCUGCUGGAACGACGGAGCCGUGUUACUCCAUGAUGUCCAGGUCCUGACUCUAUACAAGGGUCGAUACACGACGGCUCGCCGCUCCAGUCCUGUUCCUCAGCUCCAGUGUGUGGGAGGGUCAGCAGGCUGCUCCUCCUUCGUCCCUGAAGUGGUCCAGUGUCAGAAUAAAGGCUGGGACGGUGUGGACGUCCAGUGGGAGUGUAAGGCUGAUAUGGAUAACUGGUACCGUUUUGGAAAGGUGGAGGUGUCCUGUGAAGGCUACAACAGCCCUGAUGACCCGUAUAUAUUGAGGGGCUCAUGUGGUCUUGAGUACACGUUGGAGCUCACAGCUGAGGGCCGGCAGAACCGGGGCUCAUCCCGAUUCUCUGACUUCACCUCCGGGUUCUUCCAGGGAAAGCAGCAGCACGGAAGCAGCCAGCAUUUCCCGAGCGACCUUUUGGCCGAGGGUUCAGGCAGCAUGGUGGUCAUCGCGUUCUUCCUGCUGCUCGCCUUCGCUGUUUAUAAGAUGUUCCUUUGUGACUCUAGUCGUGGUUCCCGUGGAGAUGGGUACAGAGGAAACCAAGGUCCUGAUGGAAACGGCUACAGUAACAUGGGUCCACCUCCUCCUGGGUUUAGGUCUGAAUACACAGAUUCUCCGCCGGGAUACGGCUUUGCAGAUUCAUACAGCGGACCUCACACCAACAACUGUGGGGGAGAUGGACUGGGAGGCGGACUCGGUGGACUGGGAGGCGGACUCGGUGGACUGGGAGGCGGACUUGGUGGACUGGGAGGCGGACUAGGGGGCAGAAACAGAGGCGGAGGUGGAUUCUGGUCUGGAAUGGGAACAGGAGGAUUGCUGGGAUAUCUGUUCGGCUCUCAUACUGGUAGGCGUGGUCCUCCUGUGAGCCCUUAUGGAUCGCCACAUUACAACACCAACAACCACACCAGCACCAACACCAACACCAGCUCAGGGACUCGCACUGCUUCAGGUUUCGGCGGAACAAAGAGAAGAUAAACAGCGCUGGAUACGAGGUGACUGAUGACCUCAUAAAGCAUUGCAAAAGACGUUCAUGGAGUUUGCUGUGAAUGAGUGUUGUCUAGAAAAACUAUCUGUAACCACACUGGUGGGGGAAAAGCUUUUUUUUUUUUUAAAUAAAUUUAAUCUGCUCUGUGCACCAUGCUUGAUGUGAGAGAGAUUUUCAGGAAGUGUGUGUAUAACCUGCUCCUCCUUUUGUAUGAAUUUUAAUACUUUUUCAGAAAACCUCUGUAGAUAUUGAGCUGCACUGUUUCUUGUUUCGCACCUGGUCCAUUUUCAGCACCGCAUUUUAAAAGAAACAGAACCGGCCAGGUUCAUUCUGUAACACUAGUUAUUGCGAUCUUGAGUAUUUCAACAUCCUUCACAACUUCUAGUGAAUCUCUUCAUCCAGUUGUGUCUAUAAUUAAUGCUGCCGUCAUGCGCUAGUCGGAUGUCAGAAUUACGAGUAUGUAAUGUUCAAGUGCUUUGUUUUUGGAGUGAAAUGAAAAACGGCGGACGCAAGAGUCCGUCUUGACUUUUUUUUUAUUUUUGGAAAUCCUUUUUUUUUUUAUUGCAUUGAAUAUUAUUGUUCUAGAUCAAGUAAAGUGCAUGCAGAUUACAGAUCAAAUUAUUUACACAAGCUAACGAUAAUUAUAUUGCUAAAAAUAAUCAAUUGUGUACCAUCUACAAAUGAAGCUCUCCUCUUUUUCAUCCUGUUGGACGUUUAAAGGUUGAAGGUCAUCCCAACUCGGGUAUCAAAAUUGUUUCCAAAGUUCCUACGUGAAUUUAUGAGUUGAGGGUGAUUUCAUGUGACUGUAUGUGAAAGCAGCAUGAAUACUAGCUCUUUGCUCUGGACAGUUAAUACAUAAAUAAAGAUUAUUUUUGUAGAAAUUA